AGUCAAACUUCCUCUUUCCAAAGGAAGCACACACAAUUAUGAAAAUGACCAAGCAUUCUCUCUCUCUCUCUCUCUCUCUCUCUCUUUCUCUCUCUCUCUCUCUCUCUCUCUUUCUCUAUACAUAUUUCAGCCACUUGUCUCUCACAACCCCAGACUUACACACACACUCUUUCUCUCUCUCUCUAACUCACACACACAACCCUGGGCUCAUUUGGACAUUGCAGAAACUUUCAUCAGCAAAGAGAGUGUGUUCGUCAAGAUGCAGGUGUUGCUUGCGGAGAUAAAAGCUUUUCCUGGACUUCUGGUGCUACUGAUUGCAUCUUCUCGUGGUCUGGACCCCAUCUGUGAUCCUACUCAGGAUGCUGCAUGUAAAGGGGCUCUGGGAGGACCUGUGCGUCUGCAGCUGAUGAGGGACGCCACAGGAUAUGACCUGAAGUUAUACAGUGGAGAUAAGAAUGUUUUUACAUCCAAAAACUCCAAGACAGUGUUCAAUAACGAGUUCAACACCCCAUCAUUCAUCCAGAGGUGGCAGUUUGUUAACGGGAUCCUGAUUAUAAACCCUACAGAGAGGAGAGACUCAGGAACAUACAGAGUGGAGAUCCAUGAGGAGUCAACAGGGAAGAGAUUGGGAGAUCACACAGUACAGCUGAUCAUUGAAGCCCCUGUGUCUAAUGUGGACCUGUCAAUCAGCUGCUCAGCCAAUGGGGAGAGGAGGGUGAGGUGUUCAUCCAAUGGGGACAGUCCUCAGUACAGCUGGGCUCUGGAUGGGAGGCCUCUGAGUGAAGCUUUUGCUGAUCUCAGUCCAGAUAACCAGACUCUCUCGAUGAGGGGGUGUGUGCUUGGGAACCUCUCCUGCAGCGCCUGGAACCACAUCAGCAGCACACACACCUCAGCAUUGCUGCUGGAUGCCUGCUCUGUGAGUUGCUGUUGGGUUCAUAAUAACUCGUCAACACUGUGUGAGUGUCUACAUCAGAGCUACAGGCUGAUAAUGACACUGAGAUCACUAACAUAUCACACAUGGCAAUGUCCUCAUAAUCCUCAAUGCCACUCAGUCAUAAUCCACUAGAGGUUGUAAUGGUGACAUGUUGAAGCCAUGUUGAAAUCAAACUCAUGUUCAUCUCCUUCCUUCCCUAAGCUGCUGCUACUGUCUAUACUGUCUACUCUCCAGUGUUCAUCAGUGUGUGGUUGGCAGGGAUCAUCAUACUCACAGCUCUGCUGGUGGGAGGUUGUUACCUCUGCACACGGAACAAGAGAACACACACUCCAGAUGACCGCAGGAGGAGGAGGAAACCAGAGGAGGUGCAGAUGAAGUGACUCCCCAUUGGCUCAGAGGGUGUCCAGCUCCAGAAUACUCCCAGAUUUAAAGAAAUCAUUUGAAGAAUACUCCUCCAUUCCUCAACCUCCAUAGUGACUUUGAUCAGUCAUACAGUAUACUUGUGUCACAACAGGAAACAGAGGGGGCAUGUCAAAUAUUCUGUCAGGCUGUAAGGGCUGGACAGGGUAACUCUUGGUCAGAUGCUUAUUGUUGGUAGAGGCUCCAUGUGCUGUUCUGAGGUCAGUCCUUGUUUUUCUCUCAUGAUGGGUCAGAUCAGGACUGGAGGAGGGGAACCUGGUCUCAGAUCAGCUUGCAGAGGCAGCCUUAGCACAGAGAGAUUUCACACUGAUCUCCUCAUGUGCGCUUGGUUACUCUCACAUUUACCUUAAUAAAAUAUCGUAUCACUUUUUUUCAGCUUAUAUGUGAUCAUGAUAUGUGAUCAUGUUCAACUGUGUCUGAUGGUGACAUCUUGAUGUAAAUGUGAAUAAAGAUGCAAA